AUGACUUCUAUGUUUGAACAGGGUGGGGAUGGGCACCUGUUCCUAGGUGGGCAGAAGAUUUCGGGUGCCGAUAUCAGGGACCAAAAUGUAUUGGCUACACAAGCCAUUGCAAAUGUCGUGAGGACAUCUUUCGGUCCGAGCGGGUUGGAUAAGAUGAUGGUGGACGAUAUUGGUGAUGUCACAGUUACGAACGAUGGAGCAACUAUCCUCAGUUUAUUAGACGUUGAACACCCUGCUGGCAAGAUCCUAGUCGACCUCGCACAACAACAGGACAAGGAGGUGGGAGACGGCACAACAUCCGUAGUCCUAAUAGCGGCCGAGCUUCUACGACGGGCGAACGAGCUGAUGCGAAACAAAAUACACCCAACUACUAUCAUAACUGGAUAUCGUCUGGCGCUGAGGGAGGCGGUUAAAUACAUGAACGAAAAUGUGAGCACGAAAGUGGAAAAUCUGGGACGGGAAUCCCUUCUCAGCAUUGCGAAAACAUCCAUGUCUAGCAAGAUCAUUGGUGCCGACUCCGACUUCUUUGCGAAUAUGGUAGUCGAUGCAAUGCAGGCCGUGAAGACGACCAAUAACCGCAGCGAAGUCAAAUACCCAGUCAAGGCCGUCAACAUACUAAAAGCUCACGGCAAGGGAGUGCUUGAGUCGGUUCUCGUCAAGGGUUAUGCUUUGAACUGCACUGUUGCUUCACAAGCUAUGGUUACGAGGAUACAAGAUGCCAAGAUUGCCGUGUUCGACAUGAAUUUCCAAAAAGAACGAAUGAAGUUGGGUGUGCAAAUCACCGUAGACGACCCAAAACAAUUAGAGCAAAUUCGUGCAAGGGAGUCGGGCAUGGUCAUCGAGCGAAUUGAGAUGAUCUUGAAGGCUGGCGCUAAUGUGAUCCUUACAACCAAGGGUAUCGAUGAUAUGUGUUUGAAGCUUUUCAUCGAGCGAGGCGCCAUGGCUGUCCGGCGGUGCAAGAAAGAAGACUUGAGACGAAUUGCGAAGGCUACGGGCGCGACAUUGCUCAGCACUUUAUCAGAUUUGAAUGGCGACGAAAAGUUUGAGGCUUCUUACCUAGGUUAUGCCGAAGAAGUCGUCCAAGAGCGAGUCUCGGACGAUGAAUGCAUCAUGGUCAAGGGAACAAAGUCACAUUCAUCUGCAUCUAUCCUUCUUCGUGGGCCUAACGACUUUACUCUAGACGAGAUGGAGCGAUCUGUUCACGACUCCCUCUGUGCUGUCAAGCGUACGCUAGAAAGCGGCAGCAUCGUACCUGGAGGCGGUGCCGUGGAAACGGCUCUGCACAUUUAUCUGGAGGAAUUUGCCGGCACAGUUGGAUCGAGGGAACAGCUAGCCAUCGGCGAAUUCGCCCAGUCCCUCCUCGUCAUCCCCAAGACCCUCGCGGUGAACGCUGCCAAAGAUGCGAGCGAUCUUACAGCUCAGCUCCGGUCACGACAUGCCCUAUCUCAGCGUGUACAGGAGGGUGACGGAAACGAGGAUGAAAAGACAUUAGCACGAAAGAAGAACUACAAAAAUUACGGUCUAGACCUCACGAAGGGCAAGGUAGUAGAUGAGAUCAAGGCUGGCGUGCUAGAACCGAGCAUUAGCAAGGUUCGGCAGUUGAAGAGUGCGGUCGAGGCAUGCAUCAGCAUCAUGCGCAUUGACACACUGAUCAAGUUAGAUCCGGAAGAGCAGGGAGAGCCGGAUGACGGUCACGGGCAUUGA